AUGAUUCCGCCACCUAUUCGACAUGGUAUGACAGUACUCAACAGAGAAUUAUUUCGACGCGAAAUUAGUGUUAUAGGAGUACGCAUCCCUACGAGUUUAACAGCAAAGUUCUUGAAAGUGUUAAAUAAAGAAUUGCUCAAUCAACCAAAGCUGAGAAACGUAGUGAAUGAUCCUGAAUCCAAUUUAUCAAGAAUUAUUUUAAUGAACCUCAACGUUCAGAGCUUAGAUCUUGCUAAUUUAUCUAGCGAAGCAAAAGAUUUUAUUAACAAAGAAGGACUUGGCGUCGUGAAGCAUUCAAUUGAAUUGAAAUAUGAUUAUUGGGGCGUUGAUGAUAUAAUCAAAGCUAUUUUGCCUGAGGGCUCGGAAUCACCAUCCUCUUUUACACAAGUUGGACAUAUUGCUCAUGUAAAUUUGCGAGAUGAAUUUCUUCCAUGGAAAUAUAUGAUAGGCCAAGUCAUUCUUGAUAAAAUUCCAAAUAUUUUAACGGUCGUGAACAAAACCGAUGUAAUUGAUUCAACAUAUCGAUUUUUUAAAAUGGAAGUUUUGGCCGGAGAAAAUAAUAUGAUAGCUGAAGUGAAAGAAAGUAAUUGUAGAUUUCGAUUUGAUUUCUCACAAGUGUAUUGGAAUUCUCGAUUACAUACUGAACAUGAUCGUCUGGUAAAAAUGUUUAAAAAAGGAGAUUAUAUAUGCGAUGUUUUUGCUGGAGUGGGACCUUUUGCAAUUCCAACCGCGAAGAAAGGGUGUAUUGUUUACGCGAAUGAUUUGAAUCCUAUGUCAUAUAAAUAUCUUCUGGAAAAUAUUUCAUUAAACAAAGUAAAUAAUAAAAUUCAUCCGUAUAAUCUCGAUGGCCGUGAUUUUAUAAAGAAGGCAGUAAAAGAUUUGGGAAAAAAUCUCAACGCUCUAGAUCAAACUAAGAUGACAAAACCUAUGGAUACGGUAACAAAUACAUUAGCUGAAUUUCGAACUUUUAAUCAUUUUAUAAUGAACUUACCCGCAACGGCUAUAGAGUUUUUAGAUGCUUUUAAAGGACUUUAUAAGGAUAAAGAAUCAUUGAUCAAAAAUUCUCGCGUAGAUUUGCCGAUGAUUCAUUGUUAUUGUUUCACAAAAAGCGAAACACCCGAUACCGAAAUGAUCGAACGUAUUAAUUCAAUCAUAACAUAUUCAAUGCAAGUAGAUGAAUAUAAGAUCCAUUUUGUUAGAAAGGUUGCACCGAAUAAAGACAUGUUUUGUGUUAGCUUUAGAUUAAGCAAAGAAGUUGCUUUUCUUACUACCGGAAGGUAUGUUACAUAA